AUGUUCUGGAACUGGGACACCAUCGGCACCUGCUACAUCUCUACGUCGUGGUACAUUGAGAACCAUGGUAUGAUGGCGGCCACCAGCAUUGGCACCAUCCUUCUGGUCGUCCUGGUGGAGUUCGCACGUCGACUCGGCAAAGAACUGGACGGUCUCCUGGUACGCCAGUUCCACCACCAGGCCGCUGCCGUAGGCCCACGGCCCAUGACCGUUGUCAUCCGCGCCAGUGCGCUGCAGCAGAUGGCACGUGCCAUCCUACACGCCAUCACGUUCGGCGGUGCAUACAUUGUCAUGUUGCUGGGCAUGUCCUUCAAUGGCUAUAUCAUCAUCAGCAUCUUUGUGGGCGCAGGCCUCGGAAAGUUCUUUUGCGAUUGGCUUGUCGUGCGGGUGGAUGCCGGAGAGGGCAGCUGGAACAAAGGUAUAAAAGGCAUAGAGGAGACGACGGUCUGCUGCGGGUAA